UGACCACAUCGUUGCUGCUCUAAUAACAGAAAACACUUCCAUGGCUGAUCAGAAAAAUCUUGAAAAGAGCUUAGAGGAAGACAGGGGAGUUGAAAGCAAGAAGAAGACAAAGAAACACAAAGACCAAACAUGGGCUAAAGAAGGGCCACAAGACCCUUUUGAAAUGCUGGACUCUCUUUCUGAGGAGAAGCAACAAGAGAUUCAGAAAGCCCUACACCUGUUUUCUUUUGGUCAUGGGCCUCCAAAGAACCUACAAGAGGCUCAGAGACACACAUACCGCUUUUGGGAUACUCAGCCAGUCCCUAAGAUAGAUGAGAAAGUGACAUCACAUGGACCAAUAGAAUCAGAGAGGCCCAGUGUUCGAGAAGAGCCCUUUUCACUGCCACAAGAAUUCAUUUGGGACACACUCAACCUGGACAACCAAGAGCAGCUGAGAGAACUGUGUGUCUUGCUGAAUGAAAACUACACAGAGGAGGAUGACAACACACUUCGUCUGCACUACUCUCCACAGUUCUUGCUCUGGACUUUGUGCCCCCCUGGAUGGCAAUCACAGUGGCAUUGUGGAGUUCGAGUUAAGUCAAGUCAAAAACUAGUGGGAUUCAUAAGUGCCAUUCCUGCUACCAUUAAAGUAUUAGACACAGAUCUAAAGAUGGUGGAGGUGAACUUCCUGUGUGUACACAAAAAACUUCGCUCAAAAAGAGUGGCACCAGUCCUAAUCAAGGAGCUCACCAGGCGGGUUCAUCAGCAGGGUAUAUCUCAAGCAAUCUAUAGCACCAGUGCGGUCCUACCAAAACCUAUUGCAAGUUGUAGGUAUUGGCACAGGUCCCUGAACCCACGCAAGCUGAUUGAGCUGAAUUUCUCUUCUCUCACUCGUAACAUGACCCUACAGCGUGCCAUCAAGCUAAAUCGGCUCCCUGAGACGAUGUACGUCAUGUACACGCCAGACAUUGUGACAUUACCCCCUCCUCCAAGGAGCAGCUACCAGAUGCUCCAUCGAACACAAAAACAAACCAAGGAACACAGAGAACAGGAGGGAGGUGGACUGGUGGAGGAUAUGGGGGAGAGACGGAGGUCCAGGUCCAUAGCGGUAAACAGAGACAGGAAGUUAAAAACACAUCAAAACAAAACAACAACCACAAGGAGACCAGGAGGGAGGUGGCUCGCCGGAGGGCCAGGGGGAGGGAGAGAGGGCCAGGUCCAUAGAGGGAAACAGAAAAAAAAAAAACAACAACAACAACAAAACAAAAAGGCCCGGAGGGAAUAGAAAGUUCAGGGGCACAGGGCAGAGCCGACAGGGCAUGUAGUUCAGCAGAGACGUGGAGAGGCUCUGGCAGCAUUUUCUUAGUGAUAUUUUUAUUUUAAUUUUUUUUUUGGAAUCUAAAUUAAAGCUGCGGUAGGUAACUUUUGACACUCUAGCUGCUUGCGUCUUGUGGAAGAACAUUGUAGCCGGAACUACUUCUCUCUGUUUAUGUCUAUGAAGAAUCACAAAGGUACUGGGUUACUCCGCCGCGGUACCCCCGAAGCAAUAUAAAAUAGUCAGAAUAUAAACACUUAUUAUAGGUGCACCCUAGUGAUUCAGGACAAGCUAAAAACACGGUUAGGAAAAUGGAUUCAUGGUGUACUCGCUUAUUAUAUACAUUUUUCUACAUUUUGCACACAAACAAAGUUACGGACCGCAGCUCUGAUUGGUUGUUUUUUUUACCGGGAGCGGUCCGUAACUGCAAAUGGCAAUAGGACCACUGGGAGGAGCCAGAGGAGCUUGAUUUUUUCACAGAUUAUCUGUUUCAUAUUCUACUGUCAGGACAUAAUGACAGGUUUAACAAAUAUGUAAAAAUAUAUAUUUUUACAAAAGUUACCUACUGCAGCUUUAAAUGCAUUUUACUUAAAACAAGAACAAUAAUCGUAAUGCAAAUGGAAACAAGAUCAUUUUUAAUACCCAACUGGCAGAUCAUUUGUAAAAUAAGUAAAAUAGACUUAAAGGACUAAAUACCUUAUGUAAUUUUUCUUAGGUAGACAAUUAUUUUUAUUUAAGAAUCUUUACAUAUUUGACUGGAAAGAGCAAGACAAAUAAAAAAAAACACAUCAUAAAAAAACAUUUUUUGCAGUGCUGGUACAUUCACUCAUUGCAUAUAUUUUCAUCAUGCAGACAUAAAAAAAGGCAUUUUCUUUUAUAUAGAAUCCUGUAGAAGUCGAGGAGAAGUCGUGGCAAAAUGGCUAGAGAGUCGGACUUGCAAUCGAAGGGUUGUGAGUUCGAGUCUUGGGCUGGCAGGAAUUGUAGGUGGGGGGAGUGCAUGUAGAGUGCUCUCUCAAUACCAUGACUUGGGUGCCCUUGAGCAAGGCACUGAACCCCCAACUGCUCCCUGGGCGCCACAGCAUAAAUGGCUGCCCACUGCUCUGUGUGUGCGUUCACUGCUGUGUGUGUGCACUUUGGAUGGGUUAAAAGCAGAGCACGGAUUCUGAGUAUGGGUCACCAUGCUUGGCUGAAUGUCAUGUAACUUUUUUUUUUAGAUGAGGAGGCUUCAUUAAUUCACAGGGAUUUACAUUUACACCGGGAGAAUAUUAUUUAUAAUUUUCUUUUGUUUUGUUUUUUGCCUUAUCCACAUGCCUAUUUAUUUGAACGGUACCAUUAUCACAUGGUAGUUUUUUAUAUAACAUCGUGGAUGUUGAGUACAUUAGUGUAGUGGACGGCACAUUCCAAGGCCCAGUUUAUGGCGGGGCCACUCUCUGAUGACAAUAGUGGACAAAGGUUUGCUACAUUUUGAUUGGAUAUUGGUGGACUAACAUAAGCAUACUGUCCAACGCCAUCAAAUAAAGAUGAUUGGUACAAAGCCCAGGAAGGACAGGACUUCCUUAAGGUCCAAAUGCAGUUUCUGCCCUUCCCCCACCAACAGACUUAUUCCUCAGGUUUUGGCCUGUGACCGCCAUAAAAAUUAAUUCAUUUGGACACAGCAGCAAUGGGUGAAACAAAGAGUUCCAUCCAAAACCACUCAUAACUAUGUUCUCAAACCUUAAACUGAUGCAAACUACAACACACAUGUCGUAUUCAGAGAAAUAAUUAUUCUCAGUGACAGUGACGUGUAGUGCAACAUCUUACACAAACUCAGCUGUUAUUGGACAAAUGAAGUCAUGCAUGACAGUUCAAUCUUUUCCAAUCAUAUUUAGACUUAAUGUGUUUGUAAUAUUGCCAAAGGUAUUAUGGUUUUGGUUUGGUAUGUGAGAACUACACUUGCAAACCUUUAGUGACACUUUUCUGAAUGUGUGUUUGGACUAUGCAAAUAAGUUCCACAGGAGGAAUGAAGGAACUCUGAUGGAAAGACAAUCACAGCAUGGAAAUGGAGAAGCGCCAGAUUGCAAUCUCCUGCUUAUCGAAAAGAGAUAAAUGUACCUUGGCAAAACACACUUCUGGUACUGAGUCUGAGUCCCAUGUGGGAAGAGGCAAUAACAGCUACACCGGUUCUGAGUCAGAGUCCUGUCAGGGAAAAGACACUAACAGAGCAAGUUCUGAGUCUCCGGCCUGCAUGGGUGAGACGAUAGCAGAUCAACCUCGGUUCUGAGUCUCUGACACAUCUAGGAGACACUAACAGAUCACCAAAUGUUUUGAAUCUCCAGCAUGUGAAGGUGAGACUGCAACAGAUCAACCUCCAUUCUUGAGUCUGAGUCCUGUGAAGGAAAGGACUGCAACAAAUUACCAACAAUCUGAGCCUUGUGCCCAUGAGGGAAGUGGAAAUAAAAUAUGUCAAGUUCUAAAUCUCCAGCUUUGAGGCAGCAACAGAUACAACCAUAUUCUGAGCCUCCAGCCUGCAAGGAAAGCGAUAAUCUAUGUUUAGACUUUAGAGUCUUUGUCCUGCGAGACAAAAACAGAUGCAGCAUGUCCUGAGUCUCCAGCCUAGAGAGAUGAAGCGGAUUGACUUAGUUCUGAGACUCUAGCCCAGAGAGGCAGAAGACACAGACAUCUGCAACAAAGUUAAGCUCUGGCGAGCAAACCUUCUUCCCAAGGUACCUUUGCUUUCGUGUUCCAGGCUAAGGACCUUCUGCACCUACUGUAGGGCCGCAUUUGCAUGUUCCAGAUUUUAGGACCCUUUGGUUCUCCAGGAGACCAGCAUCCUCCAGCAUUUCACGUUCAAGACUGUCGAAACUGAUUCCUGCUCUUUUCCCCACUGCAUUGUUACCAGCACAACCAGUGGAUGAAGUCACUGCUACCGGACUGCUCACUCAGAGAACGUAAAUAUCACUUAUCCAAACCUCUUCCAGAGACCUUGGCAUUAUUAGUUAUUAUCAGUAUAUAAUUUUUCUUAAUUAACAUUAGAUAUUAUAUAGCUGAUUGCAGUUUAUAGCAAAUCUUUCAUGUAUUUGUUUGAGGCAUAAUAGUGUUCUUCACCUUAUUUCUUUCAGAGUAGCACCAGUUUAUCUUUCCAGAUAACAUAGCUCUGACAUUGCAACAUCCAACAUAAUGUCUUGCAUUUUAUGCGUCUUAUGCACUUUAUUCCCAUGUCAUUUAUAGUAUUCAUUUAGUAGUUUUUGACUCUUGUCUAUCUUUUGUUAAAAUGUAUUUUAUUACACUUGUGUCUUCCUUGUUUUGGUGAUACAGAAGAGGUUCUACGAGUUAGAGUUCCCACCAAUAUUUCUUAUGUGAUGUACUCCUAACCAUGAUCCAAAUAUCAUAAUGUCAUUGGUGACGUGAGUACCCAUCACUACACUAUUUUGCCUCCCUAGGUUGGGGAAAGCAAAUAUCGCUACAUUAGUAAGGCUGCUAUAUAGAGCGUUAAGGAAAGUGUGUCAUGCUGUCACACUCUCGAUGAAAAUAUUUGUGUAGUUUCCUGAGCAUAAACCCAUCAAAAAUGAAGCUGAUUGCUACAUGGAAUGGAAGGAUGUCAGAUGGAAAAGUAUUUAGAUAUAUAUGCCGAUGCCGUAACCACCACCACAGCUGUUAAAUUUAUUUGGUAUUUGGUUUUUGAUUUUCCUAUACAUUUUUCUAGUUGUAUUUUAAUAUUCUUCCAAUACUUGGUAUUGUGGCUUCAUUUGUUCUUCAUUAUUUUGCUAGCCUUCUUGCUGUUGGCUGAGUAGGAGUAAAAUGUUAAUUAAUUACUCUUAUUAAGUAAUGCAAUCGUUUGGAUUAGAGAACAUUUAAUUAUGUGAAAAUAGCAUUAGACUGUGGAAAAGGCUACUGCACUUUGAAAUAGAUACUGAAUGUUUAUUUAUUUAAUAUGUCAAAUGUUUAUCAAAUAAUGUAGCCUACACCCUUGAACCUUUUAUGAUUAAAGCUUUACCUGAUUAAGUUAUGUUUUUAUACUUAAUGUUUAGCUGCUUUUUUAGGCUUCUUUUGCCUGUGGCAUACUAUGAAAAUGAAUAGUUCGUUAACUUACUGUUCUGCCUACUCAGUUCAGCUGUUAUGAAACCGAAAAGUCAGAAUUUACCGUCUUAGGGUAAGUCAACUCAGAGUUCAAGUUUCAACUCAGAGUUGAUUGAAACUCCUUAUUGAUAGCCCCUGAUCCCCAGUUUACAAACAAACAAAACAUUUUUUAAAAUCUUUCCCUUACAAUAUUUAUGAAAACCUGCUUGUAUUUAUAUAUUUACUUUGCUUCAUGAAUUAUGGGUGCCGAUUCAUAAAAUUGCUGCAUGAUUCUUCAGUGAUCAGUUUGUAAGAAGCUUCCAUUUAGAUGACAUGUAUUUCAUGAUUGUCACAUGUAUGUUCCUGUUUGUAACUGGGCAAACCAGACGGGAGGCGUGAGGAUCCAAACGCAAAGCUUUUAUUGACAAGACAUGGUCAGAAAUGGGCAUAGAUCAGGUGAUGGCAAACAGGCAUGUAGAAGGAAAGGCUAGAGCAUUGUGAGAAACAAGCAAGGGUCAGUCCACGGCAAACGUAAUCCAGCAGGGUGAGACACAAGGGAUAAUUCAGGUACAAGCGAAGUCCAGGCAGGGGCAAACAGUAUCCAAACAGUUGAGGUAAUCCAAGGCAAGCAGGCAAAGAAGAGAACACAGGGAAACAGGCAAGGCAGGACUAAGACUAAACUUUAAACUCCAAAGCAGGC